AUGUCCAACACCGGAUCGUCGACACAUGUCUGCUUGCUUUUUGCCUGCUGCUUGUGUUGCAGCAAAGCUCUGCCGGCUAAACUCAACCCAGAGGCUGUGAACGACAGACCGGUGAUCGGUAUCUUGACCCAGAUAGUUUCAGAUGAAAAAAUGAAACCGUUCGGCAGGACGUACAUACCUUCCUCCUACGUGAAAUUCACAGAGUCCGGGGGGAGCAGAGUGAUGCCGAUCCGAUUGACUCUUAAGACCACUGAAUAUGAAAAGAUCUUCAGUAAUAUCAACGGCUUGCUUCUCAUCGGGGGAGCAGCGGACUUGGAGACAUCAGACCUUGCCCGGGUGGCAAAGAUUUUUUACAGACUCGCUCUGAUGGCCAAUGAUGAUGGGGACUAUUUCCCCAUCUGGGGUACGUGCAUGGGCAUGCAGCUGCUCACUGUGCUGGUGGCCGGGGAAAAUCUGCUGGAAAGCACCGCAGCAGAGAACGUAGCGCUGCCCCUCGACCUGACCCCAGAGGCAUCCUCCAGCAGGAUGUUUCAGGCUUUCCCCGACAAUCUCAUGAAGGCUUUGACCUCCGAACCACUCACUGGCAAUUUUCAUCAGUAUGGAGUUGCAGUCAAGACCUUCCAGGAAAAUGAGAAGCUGCAGAGUUUCUUCUCCCUGCUGUCGACCAACGUGGCCGAGAACGGAGUCCGCUUUGUGUCAACUAUAGAAGGUAAAACAUAUCCCUUCUAUGGAGUGCAGUGGCACCCGGAGGUGAAUCGUUUUCAGUGGAACACCAGGCUGAACUUUCCUCACUCGGCUCACGCUGUUCUGUUGUCGUCUCUGGUCGCUGAGUUUUUUGUCAACGAAGGAAGGAGAAGUUUACACCAUUUUGACAAUCCUGAGGAAGAGGCCUCGUCACUGAUUUACACCAACACGCCCGUCUACGCUGGAAACUUCACCGCAUACGAACAGCUCUAUUUCUUCUGAAACCCUGCAGCAGCUCGCUCUGCUUCACUCUGCAUGUGCAACUUUGCAUACAGUCUAGGGGGGAUUUAGUCAAAUCUAAUCUGCUAUUAUUGUUCUUAUUUGUAUAUAUUUUUUUCGGGGAUUGACUUCUUUGUAUUAGAACAUCUGGGUGGGUCUUUUAAGGAAAAUUAGUGAAGUGUGAAGUAAAAAGUUAUUCCAACCAAUAACUACUUUUUCAGUUUUUUUUAAAAA